UGGGGAAUGACCUGAGUCAAGGCUGCAAUAAGGCGAACAUGGGCCAGAAAGUAUAAAGUAGGAAUAGGAGUUGUGUGAUAGGAAGUUACCAGAUGGUUAUAAAGCAGGAGGGUGAUUUGACGAGAUUUGCAUUUUUUAAGAGACUCUUCUGACUGUGAUACAGAGAGCAGAUUGGAAGUGUGUGUGUGAUGAGUGGAGGAUACCAGGUAUCGAAAACCUCCCCUUCGAACUGCAGAGAAACUUUCAGCUCAUGAGGGACCUGGACCAAAGAACAGAGGACCUGAAGGCUGAAAUUGACAAGUUGGCCACUGAGUAUAUGAAUAGCGCCCGCAGCCUGAGCUCCGAGGAAAAAUUGGCCCUCCUCAAACAGAUCCAGGAAGCCUAUGGCAAGUGCAAGGAAUUUGGUGACGACAAGGUGCAGCUUGCCAUGCAGACCUAUGAGAUGGUGGACAAACACAUUCGGCGACUGGACACAGACCUGGCCCGUUUUGAGGCUGAUUUGAAGGAGAAGCAGAUUGAGUCCAGUGACUAUGACAGCUCUUCUAGCAAAGGCAAAAAGAAAGGCCGGACUCAAAAGGAGAAGAAAGCUGCCCGUGCUCGUUCCAAAGGAAAAAACUCAGAUGAAGAAGCUCCCAAAGCUGCCCAGAAGAAGUUGAAACUUGUGCGCACAAGUCCUGAGUAUGGGAUGCCCUCAGUGACCUUUGGCAGUGUCCACCCCUCUGAUGUGUUGGAUAUGCCUGUGGAUCCCAACGAACCCACCUAUUGCCUUUGUCACCAGGUCUCCUAUGGAGAGAUGAUUGGCUGUGACAACCCUGAUUGUUCCAUCGAGUGGUUCCACUUUGCCUGUGUGGGGCUGACGACCAAGCCUCGGGGGAAGUGGUUCUGCCCACGCUGCUCCCAGGAACGCAAGAAGAAAUAGAUAGGGGCAAUGGAUUCCCACGGUUUCUUCCACAUCCCUGGACCCAGGCUAGUGGGGAGAGGAAAGCCUGUGCUGGGGCUCGGGGGCCCAGGGAGAGUGGAUGGCACAGUGUAGUCAUCCUUUCUCCUCCCCUCUCCCCACUCCUGGUGCUGAGGCUGCAUCCAAACCCUGGUAGGGAGGGGUGCCGCAGCCGCUAAACAUCUGUGCUCUCAUUGUCUGCCCCCCUCAGAGGGAAGUGGUCUUGCCCACUGUCCUUUUGCCUCCUGCUGAGGUUGGUGCUGUAUUUCCAAGGGAUGGUCCUCUUCACUCCCCUUGCUUUGUAUUUAAAGACUGGGGCAGUAGCAUGGGGGCACUCCCUAGCCCUCCUGACUCCCUCCCCCUGUAGGGGGGGGGGUCUCUGGUGUGAUAAACUCUCUUUGUUCUCUUCCUGCUUUUUCCACGGUGGGGGCUCCCCCAGAGCAUCUGGGCUGUGGCCUUAGUUGAAGGGGCACCCCUUCCUCUGUGCCAAGAGGAUUCAUCCUGGCUUUGUGAAUGGGAGAGGGGGCAAGGCGGAGUGCACGUAACUCACGUGUAAAGGAACUUGAGUAGGUGAAUAAAAGCUAUCCAUGUUG